GAAAACAUUACGGAGUUUGCCAGCACGAUCGACACCGAGGUUCUUGAAGCUCAAAAAAUGCUUCAACUUGCCGCUGCACAGAGAAUGAAUACAGAUGCUAGAAAGGCAAUAUUCUGUAUUAUAAUGAGUGGAGAGGAUUAUGUUGAUGCAUUUGAAAAGCUUUUAAGAUUGGAUUUAUCUGGAAAGCAGGACAGGGAGAUAAUGAGGGUUCUUGUGGACUGCUGCUUACAGGAGAAAGUGUUUAACAAGUACUACACUAUUCUAGCUUCCAAAUUGUGUGAGCACGAAAAAAACCAUAA